AUGAAGUUUGGCAAGUCGUACGUCAUUCCGUUUCCUGCUAUUGUUGUUUGCAGGGAUCUCGAGGAGCCGCUUAUCUUUCCCACCACAGACUCCCAAGGAACCAGGUUCCUGAGUGGUCCUCGAGUUACAUAGAUUACAAAGGACUCAAAAAACAUAUUAAGGCUGCUAUAACUUGCCAGCGGGCAACGGGAGGAGUUGAUUUGGCCCGUGGGUAGCUCGGUUGCAUGGCAUGCUGAAUUCUUGGCUGACUUUGUUUUUUUCGUGAUUAGCUUUCUUCUUUGAACUUGACCGCAACCUUGAAUUGGUCGAUGCUUUCUUUAAUAAACGGUUUGCGGAAUAUCAGCGUCGCUUAACCCUUUUGCAUGGUAGAUACGACGAGCACUUUGAUGGCUUGUUCAACUCCGAGAAUGGAUGUUUCAAGAGCGAGGAAUCCUCUGAACUCUCCAGUUCAGAUGGAUAUGGGUUAGAUUUGGAUAGAGGCGACCUUGCAGAGCUCUUGGCUGCUCUCCUGGAGCUGAGAAGUGGCCUUAGGAAGCUGCAAUGGUAUGCGGGUGAGUAGCGUGCAUGCUCCCGAACACCUGAUUUUACCGGUUUCCAAUGUUCGGUACUGAUGAUUGGUUGUAACAGAGGUGAAUCGCAGGGGUUUUGUUAAGAUCCUAAAGAAGUAGUUACAUCCCAAGACAUUUUAUUCUGGCCCGUCUGUUACUGACUUUCUCACAGGACUGAUAAGAAGACAAAUAUUUGUGCCCAGCGUCGCUACCUGGACUCUAAAGUCAAUACAAAACCGUUCGCUUCGGCGGCUGGUGUUAUCUUGGCUAUGCAACAGGUUAAUCAUUGGCUCUCUAAGGUUGGAGGGGCCGAAGCACUUGAAUUGGAUGGCAGCACACGGUUGGAGGAGUCCAGGAUAGAACUGCGGCGCAUUGCAUCUAAUGGCAUUGGAUCGGAUAGGGUCGAUAGAGCCGGCCAAUGCCUACACGGCGACUCUCCUGCUGGACUCGCUGAUGUUAUAAGAGAGGUGGAAAAGACUCCUGUCUCCAAGAAGGUCCUUCUCGCUCUUCUACAGCGGGCGAUAAUAUACAAAUCUAGGAAAUGCAUUGAUCUGCUUUUGGGUUACAUCGAUACUCUCCAUGAAGAGGAGGACAUCAACGACCGUAAUGUCAUUCACCGCUUGGUGAUGUCGAUUGGGAGGGGAGAGAAAUUGCUUAAGGGGCCUUCUGUCUCACCGGUCCCAGAUCCUUUCAAUAUCAAUAACCGGCCAACUCUCCAAUCCACAGAGCCGAUCUACAUUACCCCGGCAGAACCACCAAUAUCAUCACCCCCCAUCUCACUCAAUACAUCUGAGUUGGACGGGACGCUGAGGUUAACUGUCCAUGACGAAUCCGUAAAGAUCCUUGAGUACUUGCUUCAAAGGCUUCGUGUUCAGCAAAGACCAGCACUCGAAGCUCGCGAUUCUUAUGGGCGUACGCCACUUCACUAUGCGGCACAAUUCGGAUUUGUCGUUGUUUGCCGGUUGAUCAUCAAGUUCAUGCGGCAGUGGGGCCAAUUUGAUGUUUCGGAAGGAAUUGACUCUUUAAGGUGGCAGGACAAUGACGGCUUGGCACCAUUGCACUUGGCUGUUAUGGAAGAACAUCCAAAGACUACCCGCAUCCUAUUGCUAUCCGAAGGUUGGGAUGGAGAAUUAGGUACUAGCGAUCGGGUAGUAUCGGCAAGGAAAGCUGUCUCAAAGUCUUCCAUUGCAUUAGCACUUGCCGCAAAAAAAAAUGCUUCUGUUAUCGUGAAGCUCCUGGUCGAGGCUGGGGUCGAUAUAAAUUAUCAGGACGAGAAUGGCGAGACAGCCUUGCAUCAUGCCUCAAGGCUUGGCCAUGUUGAGUGUGUCAGAGCUUUGCUUGAAGGAAGCGAUACACAACGUGCCGAUGUUGAAUUAGCCGAAAAGAACUACGGAUGGACGCCACUGUUUGUUGCUGCUGUUGAAGGCAAGGAAGGGGUUGUUGAUCUUUUGGUUGAGAAUGGGGAAAGUGAUGUGGACAAGCACGACUUGUCUGGUUGGUCGGCGAAGGAGCAUGCAACCCUGAGAGGGCAUCUAGAUAUCGCUAGAAAACUUGCGGAAGUAGGCAACACUUCUGAGACAUCGGGGUCCGUGAGCCCGGCUCUCUCCUCGAGUCCAUUAACCCCGCCUACUACGGCAUCAUUGAGCGGAUCACUCGGCACUAAUGGAUCUAACUUUCCUGGCACUCAGUCGCCCCCCGUCAAAAGUUUUGGACAUCGUUAUUUGAAGGCGGGAGAGGCUAUGGUCCUAGUCAGCUUAGGAAGUAUGGAUACAAGGAAAGAUGUCCCGGCAGUUCAGCUGGAUAAGAUUCCGUUGGCUGAAGCGCAUCUAACCCAGUUGGAUACGGCGCUCUCCUUAAUUGUCUCGGCACAAAACGCAAUUGGAGAACCGACAGUUAUUGAUCUUCCUGUUCAUUCUAAUAUUGCUACAGAUGACCCAAUUGUUUUUGAAACAAAGGAUGUGAGCAAGGUGAAACUCACCUUUGACAUUGUUCCUACAUAUGCGGGAUCAAAGGAUCAGAUCGUGGGCAGAGCUGUAGCGCUUUUGAGCUCGAUUAAACCAGAGCUUGGGAAGCGUAGGGUUUCUCUACAAGGCGGCGUACAGGUACCGAUUCUUGGCGCUAACUUGGAGAUCAUUGGCUGCUUGAAUUUCGAGUUCAUGAUCGUCACCCCAUUUUCCCACCCUAACAUGGAAAUUACUAAGCAGCAAACCUACUGGAAGAGUUUGGCAAUACCGAGAGUAAGUUAUCUCGGCUUCUACGUUCAAAUAAAUCCUAAUAAUGUUUCAUAGGUUAUUGGGCAUAGAGGUGAUUGGGCUCUAUGAAUUUCCCCAUUGUCGAGGCGGCAUUUACCUAACCGUACUGCGAAGGUCUUGGGAAGAAUUUUCCAGCCCGUAAAUCUCUGCAGCUUGGAGAGAACACCAUUCUGGUAUGUCCAUAGGAUACGGUGCUGGAAAUUCUAUUAGCCGGGCCUAUACUGAUUUAUUGCUCAGUCGUUUAUCGCGGCGGCAAACUUGGGUGCUGAGUACAUAGAGGUAUGGACACAACGACCCCAAACUUCUUGAUAAGUGCUAACAAUAAUUUCUAGUUUGGUAGGAUUACUCUGGAUGGGGUUUAAAGUUGAUAUUCCGGUUUUGCUGACGUUAACUUCAAGAUGUUCAACUCACAAAGGAUCAUGUGCCUGUGAUUUAUCACGACUUUCUGGUAGGAGAGACUGGGAUUGACGCCCCUCUGCACACCUUGACACUCGAGCAGGUACUUUCCAAGUCCUAGUGCAGUUGGGGAUCAGGAAUUUAUUAACAUGGUUAGUUCAUGUCAAUGAGUCGUCAGCCAACUCAUCGGUCUAGGAAGGGCUCCCCCGAGCGUGUUACGAAUGGGGGCCGAACACCGGGCGAAAAUGGGACUCGUGAGGGUGUUUCUCAGCACACCCUUCGGAGGCAUAGAUCCAUGUCGUUACAUGAUGAGCAUGAUACAACCCAGGCGGAUUUUGAAGAACGCAUGAAGCAUACCAGAGCCUUUAAGUUGUACGGCUUCAAGGGAAAUAGCAGAGGUACUAGCAUCUCUGCACCGUUUGCCACCUUGGAGUCGGCUUUUAAGGAUAUUCCGGUUGGCACUGGUUUUAAUAUUGAGCUGAGUAUGUGAUAUUGCCCCUGUGAGGGCUUUGAUUUGCACUAACCACAUGACGCAGAGUAUCCGAUGCUCCAAGAGAGCGAGGAUCAGGACAUGGAUAAUCUUGCUAUUGAGAUGAACUCCUGGGUUGAUAGUGGUAGGGUUUCUGACUGUGAGCAAAACUGUGCUAGUCCGUGUUGCUAACGACCAUACAGUAUUGAAGGUUGUUUACGAUCACGCUAAUGGUCGCGACUUGAUUUUCUCGAGCUUCAACCCAGACAUCUGCCUGUUGCUCUCACUGAAGCAGGUAUGUUAGGCUCAACAGAUAUUUUUUUUGAAGAAUGGCGACUUUGUGCUUACUUUUUGUCUCAAGCCGUCGAUCCCAAUUCUUUUUCUUACAGAGGCCGGGACUCGGCCACUGGCGGAUAUCCGUGCUUCGAGCCUCCAGGAGGCAAUUAGAUUCGCUAGUAGGUGGAACCUUCUUGGGAUCGUUUCGGCUGUCGAGCCAUUAGUUCUUUGCCCCCGCUUGAUUAAAGUCGUCAAGGAAUCCGGGCUUGUAUGUGUGACAUACGGGGUUAUGAACAACCUUCCAGCAAACGUUAAGGUGAGCUGGCCAACUUUACCAGAUUACCCGUGAGACAGCUUUACUUACUGUGUGAUUUUAGUUGCAAACUGAGCAAGGGGUUGAUGCUGUUAUUGUCGACAACGUCCUUGCGAUUAGAAAAGGGCUUACUCACGAGGAGAGGAAUCUGCCUGAAGUGUCUUAAAUUAGGCUAGCGAAUCUUUGUCCUUUUUGGACAUUUAUUUUAUUCAUUUCUCUCCGCUCUACUUGAGCUGUCAUGUGUCCUUGCUUCCUCUUGUUUUUCUAAAUUCGCUCCUCUUAGGCCAAGGUUUGGGGGUCCGAAGUCUGGACAUUAUCAGACUGUUCAAAUUCUUCCUGCUGUCCUUCCCUGGGUGCUUUGUUUCUUUUAUCAUGGAUGGUUGUCAUUCCCGCGCACAGGCUGCACUGCGGGUAGGUUGGAUCUCUGCUCGUCAUUAGGUUGUGGGGGG